UUUUUUUUCAUUAAGUGGGGAGGAGUUAGCUGACACGACGGCGGUGUUAAUGGAGUCCGCGUUUUAUUCUGCCGCAGUUUGUCCGCCACGUGUUUAGACAGAAACAGAUAGUUAUAUAGUUUUAUUUUCUACUCAGUCGUAUCAGACCGUGUAGAUAGUAAAAAGCUCGCGAUGAACGGCGGGAACAUUAGAGAGACAUAGUAACGGGAACAUUUCCCCAAGCAGAAACUCCAAACAUCGCUAUGACAGGCCGAACCGACACUCCACAGGACCGGUUCUGCUUGGUGGGAAUCUUUUUCUUCAUUCUAGGCCUGGGAACGCUGCUGCCAUGGAAUUUCUUCAUGACUGCCUCACUGUACUUCCAAAGCCGCCUCAACAACACGGAGACGAACGGGACGGUGGUCAGGAAGGAGUAUCACUUCAACAACUGGAUGACCUUUCUGUCCCAGCUGCCCCUGCUGGUCUUCACCCUGCUCAACUCCUUCAUGUACCAGAGGAUAUCCGAGGCCAUCCGCAUCGCAGGCAGCCUCGUCUUCAUCCUGCUGCUCUUCAUCCUCACCGCAGUCCUGGUGAAAGUGGACAUGCAUGCGGAUCUCUUCUUCUCCGUCACCAUGGCGACCAUCUGGUUCAUCAACUCGUUCGGCGCCGUGCUGCAGGGCAGCCUGUUCGGCCUGGUCGGCCUGCUGCCGCAGAAGUACAGCACCGUCUUCAUGAGCGGCCAGGGCCUCGCCGGGACCUUCGCCGCCAUCGCCAUGCUGCUCGCCAAAGCCAGCGAAGCAGACUCUGAGUCUGCAGCUUUGGGUUACUUCAUCACGCCGUGUGUGGGGACUCUGGUCACCCUGUUGAGCUACCUGCUGCUGCCACGCCUGGAGUUUGCUCAGUUUUACCUGAACAGAAGCAGCAAGUAUGAAGAAGGCACAACGGACAAGCUGCUGACUGUCGGAACCCCUCUGGAGAACGGGAAGCUAAACGGCCAUGCUAACGGCGCGGUGGCCAGCGUAGCCCUCGGCAGCAGCGGUCAGGACGAGGCCAAGCUGGAAACCAGUCCAGACAGGAGCGAGCAGGCCGACAGCUCUGCAGAAAAAUCCUCUGUGUUGGAGGUGUUUAAAAAGAUUUGGGUGAUGGCAUUCUGCGUGACGUUUGUGUUCACCGUCACUCUGUCCGUAUUCCCCGCUGUCACUGCCGACGUCAAAACAGCAUUCCCAGGUGGAAAAUGGGAACACGUCUUCAUCGAGGUGUGUUGCUUCCUGGUUUUCAACAUUCACGACUGGUUUGGCCGGACCAUAACUACAUGGAUACGCUGCCCUGGUAAAGAGUCGCGUGUGUUCCCGGCCCUGGUGGUCUCCAGGGUGAUCUUCAUCCCCCUGCUGAUGCUCUGUAACGUCCAGAAGCGCUCCUACCUGCCCAUCGCCUUCUCUCACGACGCCAUCUUCGCCCUCAUCAUGGCGCUCUUCUCCCUGUCCAGCGGUUACUUUGUGUGCCUCUCCAUGUCCUACGCGCCGCAACUGGUGGAGCCUAAAGAUGCAGAGACUGCAGGAGCCCUGAUGACCUUCUUCCUGGCCCUGGGUCUGUCCAUUGGGGCCGCCCUGUCCUUCCUCCUCAGGAUUCUGGUGUAGUUCCCAUAGAAACAGCACGGUAAAGGUAUCACUACACUCCUUAAAGGAGACCCUGUCAGUUUUAUGUUUAAAAACAAAUCCAAUAUUAGUUUUCAUAUUAAGUACAACUGGUUCUGCUCAGCAUGUCGUUACAGUGGAACAGAGAAACAUUUCAAGACGUUCGAUCCAGAACAAUCCGUAGAUCAUUCUAAAACCACAUCAGUUUUAUGGGUUUUUAUCGCUUGUAGAUGUUUGUUUUAAGACAAAUAUUUUUCUAUUUUUUUAUUUGUACAUUGUUGUUUUGUAAUGAACGGAACAGGAAGUAAAGCUGAACAGAACAACAACAAAGAAACAGGUACAACAGGAUUUCUAAGCAGUACAAGCUAAUUUGAUGGUAAAUCCUGCCAUCUGGUGGCUGAAAUGUUUAUUAUCGGGCAAUUUGCCAUAUUGACUAAAUUAGUACCAGUAUUGUUUAUGUAUGAGUUUAUUUCCUCAUCAAAUUUUACUGGUGAGGUGCCAUUGUUUUGUGUUUCAACAUUCUGUUCCAGUCUGCGGGUUCACAUGGCUCCAUGUGAUGAGAAGCUUUGCUUAUUUCCUGAUUAAAGACCAAGCAGCAGAGGGUUCCUGCGCAUUUAGCUCCUUAACUUUCUUUUUUUUUAAUAUAUAUAUAAAAUAACAUAAGUUUUUCCGUACUCAAAUUCCCCAAUUUUAUUUAUUUAACAUUUAAGUCUGAAAUCUGAACUUUUUAACUGCUUAACUAACAUUUGGGUUUUAUCUAGAGAUUCCACAUCAUCUGAAAAAAGAAAAAAAAAAACGAAUUAUGGAAUCUGUUUUUGGUUUUCCUUAAAGUAUUGAAAAUAAAAUACUUUUUUAACGUUUGGGACGAGCCGGUUUUCAGUCCGAGUAAAAAGAACUGGUUUUAUUUUCCCAGUCCGUCAUAGAAACACCUGUUCCGAUUUGUUUUAGUGGCAGAUGAACUGUGUGUGUUUUACAGUGUGUGCCGACUCGUGGUGUUUUAUUUCUCAUUUUGACAGCGCCGGAGUGUUUUGUUUGUUUACCACUAAAAAUAAUUUUCAGAACUUAGGCCUGUUCCUGUUUGUCAACAAUGUGGCAGCUGUUACUUCAACACAUUUUCUUUACAAUGGGAUCAGAAGAAAAACAAACAAAAAGCCUUGAAAGUGUCUGAUUUUGGUGAUUUUUGCUCAACUUCCAUUUGCUGUAAAACGGACCAACAACACGGUGGGGAGACGGCAGAACUUCACUGCAGUUAGAUGAAGACUAAUGCAUGAAAUCCAGUUCCAUCAGAACCGAUGGGGGUUCUUAAAGAGACUUGAAUGUUCUGGGGGAGUUUAGGAUUCUGUUGCCUUAAUGCACGACCCGGGGUAUGUUCCGGUUCCCACUUUGGAGAGGACAUUGGACUGCACAAGCAAAAUGUUUUUGUAUACCAUAUGUAUCCAUAGCAACAGAAUGCGUCCUGAUGUUUUCAGUUCCAACCAAAUGACCAUGUAGUGAUCCAUUGUGCUGUUCACAGUAGAAACUAGUUUCAGCAAAGGGAAUCUUUUCAUUUUUCCUGUCAAUAAAUGAAUCUCAACAAUUCUGUGAUGUCUGCUGGUUUAUAAAGGAUUAGAGUGAAGUAAUACAAAUUAAAAUCUUAAAGGAAAAUAUUCGCUCUACUUGAGUCGUGUUGAUUUUCAU